CCGCCGAGAGAGGGACGCGAGCAGCCAUGGCCGGAGCGGCGCCCGCCCGGGCUCCAGAGAGGGACAAGCAGACAGAGGAUGAAAGCCCUUCGACACCUUCUUUGUCACCCCCACCAGCUGCUGAGAAGAACUCCUACCUGUACUCCACGGAGAUCACACUGUGGACGGUGGUGGCCGCCAUCCAGGCCUUGGAGAAGAAGGUGGACUCCUGCCUGGCCCGCCUGCUUUCUCUAGAAGGGCGGACGGGGACGGCCGAGAAGAAGCUGGCGGACUGCGAGAAGACGGCCGUGGAGUUCGGGAACCAGCUGGAGGGCAAGUGGGCCGUGCUGGGGACCCUGCUGCAGGAGUACGGGCUGCUGCAGAGGCGGCUGGAGAACAUGGAGAACCUGCUGAGGAACCGAAAUUUCUGGAUCCUGCGCCUGCCCCCGGGCAGCAAGGGGGAGGUCCCCAAGGUGCCCGUGACCUUUGAUGACGUGGCCGUGUAUUUCUCUGAGCCGGAGUGGGGCAAGCUGGAUAAUUGGCAGAAGGAGCUCUACAAGCACGUGAUGCGGGGCAACUACGAGACGCUGGUGUCCCUGGAUUAUGCCAUCUCCAAACCAGACAUCCUGACCCGGAUGGAGAGGGGAGAGGAGCCUUGUCCUGAAGGCCCGUGGGGCCAGGAGGAGGGAAGUAAGAGGGAGGCGGCACACCCAAGGAGGCCAAGCCCUGGCCUCCCUCCACACCCAGAGCACAUCCUCAGCCCCGUCAGCCCUGCCCGGGAGGAGCCAAAAGAAGGGCAGGUCCCCAAGCACCAGCAAGACUCAGAGGCAAGAGCAACUCCCCCCUCUCCCCAAUGUGGUGGUGGUGUGGUCAUCAAGACAGAAGCCCAAUCUGAGGACGAGAUGAUGCCUGAGCAGCUCUUCCUGGGGGAGUCCCGUAGCCAGCCCGUGUGUAGAAUGCCCAAGGGGCCCAGGAGCAGGACCGCGGGCCCUGGCCGGCUUCAUGCCACAGGAGUGCCACGGGUGCGGGUGGGGGACCCGCGGCCGCCAGGGGCCGUGGGGGAGCCGCCCCGCAUCCUUCCUCGCCGGCGAGAGCGGACCUUCCCCUGCCCUGACUGCGGGCAGAGUUUCCGCUUGAAGAUUAACCUGACCAUUCACCAGCGGACCCACGUGGAGGAGGAGCACAGGGAGACUCCGGGGAGCCCGGCCCCGGGCUGGGGGGAGGCCCACCCCGCUCUGGAGCCGGGGGAGGUGGUGGUGCCGGGCCCUGUCAUCCGCUGGCUCCCCGAGGAGCCCGGAGGCCACCGCUCCCUGGCAGGCCGUCCGUGCCUGGGGCGGCGGCCGGCAACCAGCAAGGUGUACCACUGCAGCGAGUGCCUGCGCUUCUUCCAGCAGCGGAAGAGCCUGCUGCUGCAUCAGCGCCUGCACACGGGCACCAGCCAGGGCUGGCCGGCCUGUCCCUACUGCGGCAAGGCCUUCCGCCGGCCCUCCGACCUCUUCCGGCACCAGCGCAUCCACACUGGCGAGCGGCCCUACCAGUGCCCCCAGUGCGGCCGGGCCUUCAACCGGAACCACCACCUGGCCGUGCACAUGCAGACUCACGCCCGAGGCCAGGCCGGCCCGCACUUCCCUGCUUCCUCCGCCCUCCCUGGGAGCCCCCCGCUGCCCCGGCCCAGCCACAGCCAGGAGGGCUGAGCCGGCAGGAGCGUGCAGGGGUACCCUCCGGCUCUCCCGGGCACCCCCCGCAGGACUGCUGUGCACCUUCAGGCCUUUCCCCUUGUGCCUGACGCCGGUUCCUCGUUCCGGGAUAACUUUGGAGAGAACUUUUUUCAUUCAGA